UAAACCUAGCUAGACUUCAUUAUCUCUAAAACCUUCGCCUCUUAUUUUGGUUGUGUGUGCCGUGGCCAUUUCAAUUGAAAGUACCAUGGAAGCCACUUCUACCUCUUCAAGCUGCAGCAAUGGCUUCUUUAGUCUCCGAUCAACAAAUAGUGGCGAAUCCAGGGUCCGUGGUUGCGGAAAAUCUGAUGGUGUGGCCAUGUGGUUCAUCAAUGGUGUCACAACCGCUUUCUUUGCCUCCUUGGAACGUUGCUGCAUCCGAAUUGCCACCGAAGAAGACGUCGAAGAUGGCAACGACGACGUGCCCUUGAUCCUCAACGACGGAAAUCUCCGCCACCGCACCGUGGACACCACCACCCGCCAAAGGAAGAAAGUGAAAGGAAAGAAAAGUUAAUUGUUCUUGGUAGUUGACCAACGCUAAUAUAUAGUGAAAGUCAACGAUCUCUCUUUUCUUGGUGAGUGAUGUUUUAUAAUGUAGUGUAAUUUCAGCAUUAUGAAUGAAAUUGGACAGCGUUUUUCAUUCACUGCCUUUGAAUAUAUACAAAUUUUCGAGGAUGAUUUAAGUGUAAUGAAAAGAAAGAAAGAAAAAAUGUUAUUGUAAGCUUGAUUGAUUGCCAGAGGAUUAAUAAUUUGUGUGCAAUUAACGAUCAA